UAGGUGUCCUGAUGUACUGUAUGAAGAUGUGGUGGAGGUACAUGAAAAAGUAAUUCCAAGACAAGAUGUCUCCUCCAGUGAAGCAUUGAAUAAUCACUGGCAUAUUGAUACAGGCACAAUGGGGGGGGAAGAAGUAUUGAUUACUCAGCCUCUAAAUGAAGAGCAGCUUCGUGAUAGAUUUACAGAGAGUUUUGAGAAAGGGUAUAACGUCUAUAGCUGUGGUUUUGAUGCAUUCCUAUAUGUACAAAAAUCAUGAAGAUAGAGUGGGUGAAAUUGCUCAAGAACUAGGUUUUAAGCAUGUCUCUCUCUCAUCAUCUGUUAUUCCAAUGGUUAAAGCUGUUCCUCGAGGUUUUACUGCAUGUUCAGAUGCCUACCUCACUCCCCACAUAAAAAAUUAUUUGAAGGGGUUUUCUUCUGGCUUCAAAAAUAAUUUGAAAGGUGUGAACGUAUUGUUUAUGCAGAGUGAUGGAGGAUUAACACAAAUGAACAGUAUGGGACCACCUUGA